CUAAUUUCACAAAGUCUCGCUCUAUCUCACACAUCAUCGUCGUCAAGAAAUAGCCUCUCUCAUCCGCAGCGUCUCAUAUAUUCUCUCGAUAACUCGAUGGGAUCCCUGUUACCCCCAGCCACCAGAAAAACCGGAGGGCGUAAAACAUGGGUGAUAUUGGACAUGGAGGAUUACACCAUCCCUGCUGGUCUCUCUCUUGAUUUGAUCUAUCAGAAAAUCCAGAAUGCAUUGUUUGACUCCGGUUAUCGUAGGACGGAGGUCUGGGCUUGGGUUAAUACAUGGUCGGAUGAAAUGUGGGACAAAUUUAUGGGCAGCGGAUUUCGUGUCUUUCCGCAAACCGAAGUGCCUCAAAAGAAGAGACUGGAAAUGAUUAUGGUGGACCUUCUUUUCUGUUUAUCGGAAAGUUCAAAUGUGCUGAUACUCUCAAAAAACCACGAAAGCAUGGAGCAAAACCACUUGUUCUCCCGUUUUCGUAAAGUUCUGGAAGACAGAGAUUGCUAUUUGGCCUCCGCAAAGCCUGAGGCAUUCAUAAACGAAAGCACAAUCAGCUGAUCCCAGAGUUUUUCGAAUCAACUUGGAAGGCCUCAAAUAUGAAUAUGGUGGUGGUGAUCUUUUACUUAAGAAGGUGGAAUGGUAGUGAAUCAAAUAAUAGAUGCUUGCUGUUGCUUUUUUUCUUUUUUAAUAUGCUUGGUGUUCUAUAACAUUUAACAAUAUUUGCGUAUUACUUUUGAAAAUAAUCAUGUAUUAGUUACUUC